AUGACGCGUUUUUAUUAAUGGGCCUGAACAUAGCCGACCUUUAUCCAGACACCACUCGCUACAUCACCUACGAGGGCUCCAUUACCAUCCCUCCCUGCUACGAGACGUCGACCUGGAUUCUCAUCAACAAGCCUAUCUACGUGACACAGAUGCAGAUGCACUCCCUGCGUCUCCUCAGCCAGAAUGAGCCCUACAAGAUCUUUCUGAGCAUGAGUGACAACACCCGGCCCACCCAGCCGCUCCUGCAGCGCUGCAUCCGAACCAACAUCAACUUCAGCAAGCAGGGCCGAGACUGCCCCAACAACCGCGCCCUCCGCCCACAGUACAGAGUGAAUCAGUGGCUCCUGAAGUAGAAGAUAAAAAGAUAACAGUGCUGCAGGAGGAGAGGCCGUAUUCAUUCAUGUCUGUUUCCCAGUGCCAAACCAAGCUCAGCUGAACACUUGAACUGAACGGACAGAUUCACUAAAGUGCUCUCAGCCAAACUCUACUGACCAGACUCCAAACGGUCUGCUGUGCUUUCCUCCUACACAUCUAUGAUUUGAACUUGUGGGCCAGCAUGGACAAGACUUUGGGUCUAGAGUGUGAAUUAGACUAUAAGGACUCUGAUGUCUGCACUGUCCUGUGUUUUUAUCUGUUGUGUUAACUCAAAAAAAGUCGGGACAUGGACAGACUCGUUUUCUAAGGCUGGUUUUCAGAGGUACUAGUGUUGCAUUAAGACUUCAGAGGAACACGAUCGACCACCGGCUGAAAGAGUUAUAUCAUUUCCAUGGAUAGCCUAAACCCCUGGCAACACUCAGCUCUGGCAAGAUAAGGGACAUAAAAACCUGCAGGUUCUCAUAUCAAAUAAUAACUAAAGAAGGUAAUUUUCAAACAGAAUAUGAAAUGUGCGGAUUUCAGGUUUCAUGGCUGCAGGAGGAGAGACUGAGACAGAGACUGAAACUCUGCAGACCUAAGCAGAUGGAGUCACUGGAGGUUGUAAGGGGAUAGGUCAAUCAUUUUGCAUGAUUUUACAAUAGUUCACUUAUCUUCAAGGAGUUUUAUUAAAACAUUGUGACAGAUGGAGCAGAUCCCUGCUGUAACAUGGCAGUAUAAAGGGCAGACCUCCCAUCUCCAACAAAGCCUGACAGAGACGUUCAAUCAUAACUGUUUGCCCUAGAUUUUACCGAGCAGAUAACCUCAGUGACCUUUAACUUAACCCUUCCCUAUUCUAAUCAUACUCAGUAACAAUAACAUGCACAGCAGCACUGUAGACUUCAGAGAAGUCCAGUUUAGAAAGUAGUGUACACGUCAACAAGUCCUCCAACCCUUUGGACUACAAAGGACGGAUGUUCCAAAACUCUACUACAACAGCAUUUCUAAAUUACUGCCCCUCACUAAAGCAGGCAACUUGUCUUCAGAGCAACAUGUUUAUGAAUUGAAUAUGUUGUGAGAGUUUUGAAAUAGUCACAGUGGUUUCAUUCAUGGGUUCGGUAAGUGAUGUCACAAAUGGGAAAUGAGGAAUUGCACAAAACGGAAGUGACGAUACGUAGGCCUAACUGAUGCAAGUGACAAUUACAUGACAAGGAUGAUAUCACGUACGUGAAAUAUGUAUGGUAAGGUGAGUAACAUCAGGAGGUUGGGUACAUGACAAGAUCUCAAUGCAUAAAUUGUGAUUCGUGAACCACAAAAAGUGAGUGACAAUGGGUAAGUGUGAUGCGUAAGGUGAGGAAAUUAAUUAUGACUAGAAAUAUAUCAGUGGCGAUGAUGAAAGUGGCGAUACCGUAAAAAGCGAUAGGUUAAGUGGUGCUAACGUAAGUGCCGCUAAUAUAGGUAGCGAUAAUGUCACUGUUGACAAUGUCAUUGCCGAUAACGUCAGUGUUGACAACUUAAGUGACGUUAAUGUAAGCAGCGAUUACAUAAAUAGUAAUACGCAAGUCAUGAUAACUUAAGUGGCAGAAACGUUGGAGGCAAUAACGUAAAUGGCGAUAACAUAAGUGGCAAUAAUGUCACUGUUGACAAUGUCACUGGCGAUAACGUAAGUGUUGACAAAGUUAGAGGCGAUAAUGUAAGUGGGGAUAACAUAAGUGGCGAUAACGUCACGGUUGACAAAGUCAUAGCGAUAAUGUCAUUGGAAAUAACAUUAUUGGUGAUUAAGAGGCGAUAACUUGCGAUAACUUAAGUGGCGAUAACUUAAGUGGAAAAUACAGAGGUGGAAAUAAAAUUAUUGUCGAUAUUGUUACUGUCGAUAAUGUCAGUGGCAAUGUGCAAGUGUUGAGAAGCAACUGAUGGGACUGAUAUCUGAGAUCUUAGAUACAUCUCCAGAUGAUCAAAAUGAGGUAUCCAUGACACAACAUAAAGGAAUAUUAGUACGUAACUUAAAUGACACUAACUAUACUUCAGUGACAUACCUACAUGAUUUCAAGUAUUUUCGUGAAGUUACUUAUGUAACGUAUAAUUACUCCACAAUGCCAUUUUGUAUUAAUACAAGACAAGUCGCCCAAUGAAAAUCUUGUGUUCUACCCAAAACCGACUUAAUCGCUCUUAACACCUCGUCACUUGACUUCUGCCUUUUUUUAACCGCAUUACCAUUAAGUCCACUAGAGGUCACUGCCUAACGAAAUCAUGGGUUCUAACGAGCUAUUGCACAAAAGACCUUUAAUGGUCAUGCUUUGGUACGGACAAUCUUCCUGAUUGAGCAACAAUUAAGAGACCCUCUUUGUCAACGAGUUAGGAGGGCGGUGCACAAAAUAUAAGAGCACAACAGAAAUGCGUAACAAAAAAAGAUUAAACAGAAUGUCUGUCUGUUGCAGUCCAAGCUGCAAUGCUAGCAUGUUAAGCUUUCUGGCUUCAUAACGUUAACACUUAUCAAGUGUUCAUGUAGUUCCAAAAGUAAGAAGGCAUGUCUUUUGCUGACAGGCGUAGCUGCAGGGAGGCUUGGUCAACAGUCACUUGAAGGUGAAAAAGUGUGUUGGAUUUAGCAACUGUAAAGUGAGAGGAAACUGAAGUUUAUGUCAGUGAAGUACUACAGUAUAAAUCAAAGGUCUUAUUUAAAAAAAAAAAAAAAGAAGAUGUAAGCCAUUUUAAAUUAUGUUUUUGAUUAAAACUACUGUUGUUUC